AUGUUUCCGUUUGACCUCGCCGCUCUGCCGCAGCUGACGACGCGCAAGGCCCUGCUCGUCGUCGACUUCCAGCGCGACUUCCUCUCCGUCGACGACGGCGCGCUGCCCGUGACCGAGCCCGAGGGCUUCGCCGCACGCACCCUCAAGCUCGCCGAGGCCGUCCGCCGCGCCGGCGGGGACGUCGUCUGGGUGCAGUCGCGGUUCGAGCAGCGCCGGGACCACAACGCGGAGCCCCUCGUCGCCUCGGACGCCGCCCUCGCCGCGCGGCCGAGCCACCAUCACCGCGCCCGCGUGCGGCUGCUCGAGCACCAAGAAGAUGACGACGAAGCCGACGAGGAGGCCUUCCUCAGCCAUGACCCGCCCCGGUGUGUAAAGCCCUCGACCUCGGGCGUCGAGCUGGCGUCGCCCGCGGCCAAGGAGGACUCGACGUUGUGGAAGAGCCACUACUCGGCCUUCUUGGGCACGUCGUUGCUGCGGCUGCUGCGCGCCAAGAUGGUCAUGGAGGUUUUCAUCUGCGGCUCGCUCGCCAACGUCGGCGUCUAUGCUACCGCCCUUGACGCCGCCGGCCACGGCCUGACCAUCACGGUCGUCGACGACUGCUGCGGCUUCGGCGUCGCCGCCCGCAAGCGCAAAGCCCUGCGCAACCUCGACGAGCUGACUGGAUGCGAGGUUGCUCGCUGCGCCGACGUUGUCAAAGCGCUGCAUCCGUCGCCUCCGCCGGCACCAACGUCGCGUGUCAAGGCAAAGGCGCAGAACAAGACGACAACGACAUCCUCGACCAAGGCAGCCGGUGCCAAGCCCGAGAGUGGACGUCCUGCCGAGUCAGAGCUUGUGCGACAGAUUGCGGGCCUGCGCUUGGCCGAGCGAUCGCCCUCGGACGCGGGGGUGGACGAGGCGCAACGUCAGGACGCUGCGCCCACAGCUGAGGCUGACUCACAGUCGUCGCAGAACGCCCAGCCGAAGCUGCAGGAACGGGCUGGAAAUGGCGACGAGACAGCACGACGGAGUACAAAGUCGAAUGGAAAAGACGGAUUGGAUGACGGCCAAGGCAAUGUUGCAGCAACACCAAAGCCCCAUCACCAAGCGCCAACAGAAGCGGCCCCUGUGGCUUCACCCAAGGACAAGACAGGGAAGGCACCACGACCAGCCCAAUCAUCCUCAACAUCACCACGGCCUGACAAGUCGUCCCCUCGUUUGGCUCGCGGUGUAAUCAUGUCUGGUCUAGAGGACAAGAUCGCCGCCGCGUCUGAGCCAGACCACUCCGACGACGAGCAGCCCACGCAACAUGCCCCCCAGAAAGGCCUCGGUGCGGGCGACACGGACAUUAUUGAGAACCUCCUGCCGCCGGACCUCGAAGCCACCAUGUUCGAUAGACUGCGCGACGAGGUCCAAUGGCAGCGAAUGUCGCACCAAGGCGGCGAAGUACCCCGUCUUGUCGCCGUUCAGGGCCAGGUUUCGGACGACGACGGAGGGUCCAUGCCCGUCUACCGCCACCCGUCCGACGAGUCUCCUCCGCUGCUGCCAUUCUCACCAGCUGUGCUGGAGGUCAAGGCCGAGGCAGAGAAGCAUCUCGGCCACCCGCUUAACCACGUCCUCAUCCAGUACUACCGUGACGGCAACGACUACAUCUCCGAGCACAGCGACAAGUCUCUAGACAUUGUGCGCGGUUCCUAUAUAGCAAAUGUGAGUCUCGGCGCGGAGCGCACCAUGGUCUUGCGAACCAAGAGACAGCACAAGGACCCCUCCUGCCAGGCGCCGCAGUCCAAUUCUCAAGCAUCAAGCACCUCCCAGCCCGCAGAGGCAUCGCCAGAGACAAAGCGCCAAGCGCAGCGCCUGCGCCUUCACCACAACUCCAUGUGCCGCAUGGGCCUCGCGACCAACGAGCAGUGGCUGCACGCCAUCCGCCAGGACCGCCGCGCCGAGCGCGACAAGACGCCCGCGGAGCUGGCCCGCGCCGGCGCUCGCAUCUCCCUGACCUUCCGCCAGAUUGGCACCUUUCUGAGCCGCGACGAGUCCCUCAUCUGGGGCCAGGGCGCGACGGGCAAGACGCGUGCCGAGGCGCACCCUGUGGUUAAUGGCCAGGGUCCCGAGGCCGUCGCCAUGCUGCGCGCCUUUGGCACGGAGAACCACGCCUCGCGCUUCGACUGGGCUGCUCACUACGGUGCGGGCUUCGAUGUGCUGCACAUUUCCAACUCGCCUAGGUUCUUUGCCAGCGCGACUGACGCUAUCGUGAAUAUGCGAAUAGCGCUGAUGCUCGCCGAGUAUGGCGUCAACUACGCCAAGGGCAGCAUGGCGCCGACCCUCGCCAGCGGUGGAAAAGGCAGCGAGGCGACUGCUGGGGAGGACGGGGAUGGCAGCCAAACGUUGGCAUCCGUGCCGGUCAAGUUUGUCGACAACGAUGCCGCCAAGUCGGUCGUACAAGGGGACUUGGCCAUAAUGCUGUACCUCGACGCCGUGUAUGGGCAACAGCAUCGAGACAAGGCUGACGCCAAAUCUGAUGUUGCUGCUGCCACUUCUCAGUCCCAGCUCGCGGCCCAGUACACGCUUUUCCAGCGCGCGCUGCAGCUCCUUGGUAUCGUCCGCCGAAACACCGCCACCGGCGUCACCCGUGAGGGCACGGGAGCGGGUGCGGACACCACCGACGCACCGCCGGUCUCCCGAGUCGUCCGGCACGAGCUGUCUACGGUGUGGGAAACGGCCGCGAAGGACGGCGCCCUGUGCGGAACCGGCGCCGGCGACGGCAAGACGCCCUCGCUCGCCGACUUUGCGCUCUGGCCCGUGCUGCACGCGCUCGCGGACGCGCACGGCGGGCCGGCGGCCGCGUUCGCUGGCAUGGACCACCUGCGGCGGUACUACGAGGCCUUUGCCGAGAGGCACAGCGCGAGAGUGGUGCUCGGACGGGGGACGGAUGAGGGAGCGGACAAGGAGACGGCGUCGACCGAAUGA